AUGGACUUCAGUUAUUUUACUAUUGAUGUAUUAUCAAGUGAUGAAGCUGAAAUUGAGAAGGUAAGGUUUGCUGCUAAAUUUACACAUCUUUUAUCAUUUCAGAUGUAAUAAAUACAGUGUCAGUGUAGCGAUUUAUUUUUUCACUGACACUGGCAUGCGAAGUCUGAGGCAUCAGUGUGAUUUUAUGUAUAAAAUUAUUUAUAUUUCAUGUUGUUGUUGGAGGGAAAUAUGUAAAAGUUAGCACAAUUUACACUUCACAGUUUUUGUUUACCAUAUUAUUUUUACCACAUAUGAAUUUAGGCUUUUCCCAUCGCAUUUUGUGACGAAAAAAACGUCGAAGUUCGAACUGGAAAAUCUUCAAGUGAAACCACUGAAUGUAGUCUCGAAACUUUAACUGCCGACCAGAAAAUUGCCACCACAGAUGCUAAAACAAAUUCUAAGAAAAAACAAAGAGCCAAAAAGCCGAAGGGUAAACCAAAGAAAGCUAGAAAAUCGAGAAAAAAAAAGGUCAUCCUGGCAGAUAUAUGUGAUUUGGCGAAGGAUGCUUUACUUCAGACAUGGAUAAUAAAAUAAAUGGAUAUGAAACUAGCUGACGUGACCUAAUGUUUUUACUGGGAUUGAUGGCGUGGCUGGGUGCCUCAACCUAGUUGAAAACCAAAUUCUCAAAAACGGCAUGUUUAGCAAUAAUACAGCUAAACAUUUUAGUCAAAGAGCAAAUAAAUGUAACCACGCCAUUCUACGAUGAAAACUCUAAGUAUUCCCAGUCAAUUUUAGCAAAUAUUUCAAGCACUAAACAGUGAAAAAUACAUCGCAAAUUUCGCAAAAAUUUGUGACGCCAAUUUCGUAGCUACAAAUGUAAAAAAAUACAAAACAAAGACGAAAAACAUUUACCUUGGAUACUUUGUCGUGGCUUAGGCAUGUUUUUAAAACAAUUAGACCAGUUUACGCUUCAAGAUCACCCUUUUAAAGUGGAAAAUAUAGCAAAACAACAAAAAUGCCGAGAACUUUGGUAACAUUCGCAAUACGCGUGACGUCACGUUUUUCAACAAGGAUGCAGUCAAUGACGUCAGAAGUUUCAUAUCCAUUUAUUUUAUUAUCCAUGCUUCAGAUGAAGAAAAAUGAAAUGUUGAAUGCUCUCUACAGGCAUCAUAUAAGUCGUUUGUUGGAAAACCUUUACCUGCUUUUCCGUCAGAUGAUUUGAAGGAAAGACUCGAAAAAACAUGUACGAAGUUUUCUUCACGUUUUAUAACUACUGCAAGAGAAGCAAUGUGGGAGGAAUUCAACAAGAUAUGGACCGAUGAGAAUAUUACGAAGUCAAUAAUUGAUGCUCUUGGUAUUACAUCUGACUUCUGUUCAUGGUUUCUGUUUUAUCUACAACAGGCUGUAGCAAAAACGUAUCUACAAUGUGAUUCUACUGCUGUGGUAAAUGAUUUGGAUUUGUCAGAUGCUGAACAGGAAUCUGUUGCAUACAUUGCUGGUGCGGUAUUAAAAAAUGUAGGUUCCAAACUGUGCGAGUUAAAGAGGAAAAUUGCAAGUAAUGGUCAAGAUGUUGCUACAGUGGAUAAAGACAUUACAAUACUUAAUGCCUGCAAGGAAACAAGGUCAGAUGGGUUGGGUAGCACCAGUACCUCCACCAAACUGAUUGAAGCUUUAAGUCGAGGAGGUCUUAUUUACCCUAAGGCAUCAAUUAUUAAUAUGUUCUUAGUUAUUGAGG